GUAUGUCCUCUUGAAGAACUGACAUGGAGGGAAUACCCCAAUUUCUUCAGUCUAAAAUGUUUUGGAAUGUUUCAACUAACUCCUCAGAGAGCGAAAAUGAAGUUCAGUCAGCCUUUUCACAGACUGAGCACAAUAUAGUCGCAGCCUACUUAAUAACAGCAGGGGUAAUAAGCCUUAUCAGUAACAUAAUUGUGUUAGGCAUCUUUGUUAAGUACAAGGAACUUCGGACAGCAACAAAUGCAAUUAUUAUUAACCUGGCUUUUACCGACAUCGGUGUUAGUGGCAUUGGUUAUCCUAUGUCUGCUGCUUCAGACCUACAUGGAAGCUGGAAAUUUGGAUACACCGGAUGCCAGAUCUAUGCUGCCUUAAAUAUCUUUUUUGGAAUGGCAAGUAUCGGGUUGCUUACAGUUGUUGCAAUUGAUCGUUACCUGACAAUCUGCAGGCCUGAUAUAGGAAGAAGAAUGACUACCCGCAACUAUACUUCCCUGAUCCUAGCUGCCUGGAUAAAUGCUGUCUUUUGGGCCUUGAUGCCUAUUGUAGGGUGGGCUAGCUAUUCCCCAGAUCCAACAGGAGCCACCUGCACGAUAAACUGGCGGAAAAAUGAUGUGUCCUUUGUUUCUUAUACAAUGACUGUAAUUGCUGUUAAUUUUGUCGUGCCCUUAACAGUCAUGUUUUACUGUUACUACAAUGUUUCCCGCACAAUGAAGCAGUACACUACCAGUAACUGCCUGGAGAGCAUCAACAUAGACUGGUCUGAUCAAGUAGAUGUAACAAAGAUGUCUGUUGUGAUGAUUGUGAUGUUUUUGGUGGCUUGGUCUCCAUAUUCCAUUGUAUGCUUAUGGUCUUCCUUUGGAGACCCAAAGAAGAUUUCCCCUGCAAUGGCCAUCAUGGCACCUCUAUUUGCAAAAUCUUCCACAUUCUAUAACCCCUGUAUUUAUGUCAUUGCAAACAAAAAGUUCCGGAGAGCAAUCCUGGCAAUGGUUCGAUGUCAGACUCGGCAGGAGAUAACUAUUAAUAACGCCUUACCAAUGAGUGUCUCUCAAAGCACGCUAACAUAACGCGGCUGCUCGAAAGCACUGCCACUUUAUUUACCCUAUAGUAUAUGUUUUGUACACUACAUGGAAAAAAGUGGUCAAACCUGGGCCACAAUUAAAUUUGUAUCACACUGUAAUAAUAAUCCAGUCCAACAUGCCAGUUGUUUUUCUCGUUGUCCCAAUAAUAUUUAAUACAGUUUUUUUUAAAAAUCCCAAGAUUUUAGUACUGAAGACUAGGCCAAUUGGCAUAAUAUGCUUAUCCCUCUCAAAAGGCGAUCGUGAGAGCUCAUGUGUUUUGCAACUCCUGGAUAGUGGGAUAAAAUGGUGUGGGAGGGAGAAUAAAGCAGGACAUGCUUAAUUGUGCUACAGUAACAGAAAUAAAUGUUGUGUAUGGAUAAUUCUUUUGGUAUGUGUAAUUUCCCCCUUUGAACUCUAAAGCAGUUCCCAAAACUUCAGGCACAGUACUACUGUAUCCUGCAUUCCCUUCCAUGUCUCAAACGCAGAUUGAUCUGACCUGAAAAGGUUGCUUCUAUGAGUACUGUAGUAUGCAGGGUAUUUAAACUCCAGUGUUGCCAACUCUCUUUAUCAGUUUUG